AGUAGGCAGACUUCUUCUUGAAGCAAGGAAGAUUACCCCACUGAGAACAAUGGUAGACUUCAUCAUACCAACUAACUUCAAACAUGUCAUAGCAGCUGUUAAAGUUGUAUCUGGCUAUGAUGAAGAGAAAAACUCCUACCGCAUUCCUUCUUUAGCUCUCAAACUUGGGCAUUCUUUAAACAAGAUAUCUAGCAUUGUUGAGAGCAAUGCCAUGAUGUAUGGAGAUCAUGAACGUGCUGAGUGUGCCCGAGACUUCAGGAAAAUACACCAGGCAAGGUGGAAUGAGUACAUUUCUGCUGGUGCUAUAACUACAUUGAAAGAAGCCAAGUGGAACACACCACAGAUCAUUCCUUUCACUCAGGAUGUCAAAGUCCUGCACACACAUCUUGAAAAGAAACACAAUGAGCUCCUAAGUAAGCUCAGAUCUUGCCCUUCUGCUGACAGCUACGCUGCUCUAGCCAAGGUCACGCUGUCCCAGGUCAUCCUGUUCAACCGAAGGAGAGAAGGUGAGGUAUCCCGGAUGCUUUUGUCAGCUUUUAAAAGCAGGGAUUCUUCUGAGCUACACGAAGACAUUGCCAUCUGUCUGUCUGAGUUUGAGAGGAAGCUGUGUCUGCACUUCUCAAGAGUUGAGAUCCGUGGUAAACGAGGGAGAAAGGUUCCUGUGCUCCUCAAGCCUUCCAUGGUUUCUGCCAUGGAGCUGCUUGUUGAAACGCGUGAGCUUUGUGGUGUUCCAGCAGAGAAUCCCUUUAUGUUUGCUAGAUGUGGAGCAAUGUCUGCCUACAGAGGAGGAGAGUGCAUCAACAAAGCUGCUUGCGAAUGUGGCAUAAAGAACCCUGAUGCACUGUCAUCAACUAGGCUCAGGAAACACAUAGCAACCAUGUCUAAAAUUCUUAACCUUAAUGAGAAUGAAGCAGACCAACUGGCUGAUUUCCUUGGUCACGAUAUCAGAAUCCACAGACAGUAUUAUCGGUUACCAGAGGGAACACUGCAGCUGGCAAAAAUGAGUAAAGUCCUAAUGGCCAUGGAGAAAGGAACACUGUCUGACUACAAAGGAAAGAAACUUGAUGACAUUGAAAUCGACCCAAAUGAGCAACUUGAGGCCCAAGGUGAUUCCAUGUCAAGUGAUGAGGAGGAUUCCAGUGACCUAUCUCAGAUGACAGCACCAGCACCAGUACAGACUGAUCAACCUGUUCAAUCUGAUCAAGCUGUUUCACAGGAGGAUCAAGGUUCUUCAAAUGCUCCAAAAAAGAAAUGGGAGGACAGUGAGGUAAAAGCAGUAGAGAGACACAUGAUGAGUUUCAUCAAGACAUGCAAAGUUCCUGGUAAGCAAGACUGUGAAAGAUGCAUUCAUGCAGAGCCAGAAGCUUUGAAGCAGCGAACAUGGACUGGUGUGAAAAAUUAUGUGCGGAACAGGAUCACGACUCUUAAAAGAAAGGGUGGUUUGUAGGGAGGGACAAACACUUCAGCACUUUGCACAUUAUGCUCUUUUUGUAGGAAAUGGAGCUAAAUUAAAAGAAAUGAGGAUAAAGGUGUAGAAAUAUUUUGCGGAUGGAAUGAAACAGAAUAUAAAGUGAAAAGUUAGAGUAUAAGAAGGUUAAUGAAGAAGUAGAGGAUAGUAAGAGUCAAUUUUCUUUGUUCAGUUACAAUAUAGUUGGAUGAAAUGUCAUGUUAAACUUUUUGAUAUUUCUGUCAUAGAGGGAGGGGAGAAUGUAAAGAUGAUAAAAAAGGGAAGAGUGAAUAGCUGUGCUGGACAUGGGCUGUGGCUGGAUGUAACCGAUUGGUGAGAGUUAAUGUGUGCAGACAAGAGAAGCUGAA